AUGGUGGCCGAAAGCGUCGAGCCGUCAACAGGCACCGCCUCCUCCAGUGCCUCGGCAAUCCCAGCGUAUCCGGCCUCGGACAUCGCAAAGCCAACGUCGAAUCUCGGCAUCUUGAACCAGCCCAACGGUGCUUCCGACCACGGCGAUGCUGCAUCGCCACGACCGAGGGUCUCGCUCUCGUACGCCGACCAUCCUCGUCGUGAUCGCAGCCAGAAUGCAUCCGGCAGCGGCACCGUAGAUGACGAACAGCCCACGCGCUCAAGGUCAGUGGGCCGCUCCCACCGACGCUCGCAGUCGAUCAAGCGAAGCUUCAGCCAGAGCCGCACGAGUUUCGAUGCGGCAGCAGCACGGACGAGCGGAGCGCUGCGCAGGUCCAUGUCGUUGGUGCGAAACCAGGGCACAGGAGAACCCAUCGACCCCAUGCACGAGCCGCGCCGCUCAAUCGGCAAGCGCCCCAACGAGCUGCACCUCGCCGAGCGCGAUCCGCACAAGCCCCAGCAGGGCUGGUGGAAGCAUGCGCGUCGCGCCAUCCCCUUUGCCGCGCCCUACGAACGCUCGGGCGUCGUCAUCGACCAGCCCGCCAGCCUGCGCGACUGGAUCGUGCCCGGCCCGCUCACGUUUGGUUACGGCCAGUGGUGGUACCUCGUGUUUGGCCAGAGCAUCGUCGCCGCCAUCAUCUCGGGUGCCAUCAACUUUGGCGUCGCCGUCGCACUGUAUCGCACGCAGCCGACGAUCAACAUCUGGACCUUUGACCGCCAGACGGUCGCGGGCGACAUGGGCGUCACCGUCAUCGUUCAGCAGAUCGUCUCGUUCAUCAUCACAUCGUCGCUCGUGCACCACGACCUGUACGCUGGCCCGAUUGGGCCGCUCCGACGCCCGUGGCCGCCGCUGCUGCAUCUGCCGUCGACGCCCGUGCCGCAGGGACACUGGCUGGGCAUCCGCAUGCCCGAAGACGUCGAGCGCGAGCACACGCAGUGCAGGAUGGGUCGGGCCGAGGGCAAGUCCAAGCUCAACGGCUGGUGGUGGUGGUUUGUGCGAGCCGUCCUGACUGGGUCGGAGCGCAACGACCUGUUGGCCGCAGGCAUCUCUUGGCGCCAGCGAUUGGAACGUCUGGCAUGGACCGCCGCGCAGGGUUUCUUCCUGUGCUGCCUUACGUUUUGGUGGUACUGGCCGCUGGCCAUCGCCAUUGUCGCACCCAUCUACGAGCACCGUGAGCUCGCGGGCACGUGGGUCCCGAUGAUCAUCAAGCUCCUCUACGGAGCGAUCCUGUCGCUGCUCACGAAUCCGAUCAUGGCGCUCAUGGCCAUGGGCGCCGAGUCGAGCGUGAGGCGCUGCUACCCCGAACUACCCAUGUGGGACCCCUUUGGCGGCAAGGAGGACUUUGCGCAGUGGAAGGUCGAGCAUGGCGUCGUGGAUGCUGCCGAGCUGGGCGAAGCGGGUGCGGAUGGCGCAGACACCCCGGAUGCCCGCGAUACGGCUUCCCACAGCCAGGAUCAGUCGCCCAGCUCCUCGGAGGAACAAGGCAGGGCGGAUGCCGCCUUGAUUCAGCCGAGUGCGAAGCCAGAGAUGGUCGCCGUGUCGGAAAAGCCUACAUCGGGCUACCAGUCGAGCAAUUUGCUCGAACGGCGCAUCACUGAAGAACCUGGCGCAGUCCACGCGCACGAGGCUCACUCCGAAAAGCGCGACUAG